UAGACCCUUACCCAAUUGUUCCUGGCUUCCAGGGUUGGAGGUUUCCCCACGGAUCCAUCCCUGAAUCGUGGCCUUCGGUUAUCCCUUCCCAAAACUCGAACCAAGAUUGUUCUCUCACGAACUCCAGAUACUCGGUUGAACCUGCUCAUCUUGUCCCGAAAUCAGAACGAGAUUAGUAUAUCCGGAAUGAGAUGCACAAAUACGGUGGGGUCUAUGGCGACAUCGACGACGCAGGAAACCUUAUUCCCCUCAGACAAGAUCCACACACUACGUUUAACAGUCAUCGAUCGUUCGUCAUUGUCCCAAAGGAGGUCGCCAUACGCUCUGAGACUUCUGUCGACUCGGGCCGGGAAUACGUCGUACACCACUUCUCAAUGGAUGAUGAAGAAGUAUGGCGCUCGCACCAUACGGUAAUUAUUGAGACCCUCCACCGUCGAGCUCGCCCUUAUAUCUUCGCCCGUUUCGCUUGGGCGGUAUUCUCCAAAUUCAAAUUCUUCGUUAUCGCAGGAUUAAGACGUCGAACCAUCCGCCUUGUUAAAGAUACAGGGAGUGGAAAUAUUGCGUAUCAGACAGAUUGGGCUGGUGGGGACGACCUCUUCUCGCUGUACAGUGCUGGGAGAUCCCAAAGCGUAAGCUCGAAGAGGAAGAAGACCCAGGGGGAAGGUUCCAUCAGUCAGGCGGGAAGUAAUAAAGCGGCCAUAAGGUGUACCGCUAACGCGGCGUCACUGCCUCUACCUAGGUAAGGUAGGUACGUUACCCACGUAGAAGCUACUAAUUGAAGUACUUAACUGCCUACCUAGAUGUUGAAAUCUACGGAGCAUGGUCAUUU